UGACGCUGAAAUAAACAAACUUUUUCCACGUAUUAGAAAUAUUUUCGUAGUUUUUCUUUUGUGUUGGUUUUGUUGUCAGCAAUGUCUUCAUGGAUAACAGGAUUGGCCGAUAAGGCAGAGAAUAUAUUAACCAAAUUAGACCAAAAUGCAGCAACGGCCUUGCACACAGAUGCUGCACCAGCAUUGGAUACCAUGAAGAAAAGCUUAACUAGCAGCACACAAUCCUUGAAGACGACACUUUCUCCAGCCAAGCGAUCUCCCAACAGCAGUAGCAGCACACCCAUGUCGUUGUCCAUGGUGGGUAAUAGCGCCUCCAGCGCUAAAAGCGAGGGACAUAAUGUGGUGACCACAGAGCUACGCCAUAAGUUACCAACAUCCGCAAGUUUUUCAGUUAAUACGGAUAACGGCAACAACAUGGACACACACGAAUUGGCGGCAUUCAAGAUUGCUCUGAAUGAAAUCACAGGUGAACGGGACGAGUUGCGAAUGCGUCUGGAGGAGCUCAACCGCGACAGCGAAAACCUUGGCCUUAGGCAGCGGGCCCAGGAGUUGGAGAACCAAACUCAAGCAUUAUCUGAGGAGCGUGAUAAGGCCGUGCACGAACUUAACGAGGCGCAAACAGCUCACAUGGCGUACGUGCACUCCAUCUCAGAGCUGGAGAGCAAUCUUGCUAAACUGCAACAGGAGUACGUGAGCACAGCCCACAAAUUGCAAAUGCAAAUCAAGGAGACAGAUCAACAGCGUACGGAGCUGCAAGAGUAUCGGACGAAAGCACAGCGAGCACUGCAAGCAAAGGAUGCGCUCAUAGCUGAGCUCAAAGCGAAUCCCAAUGCAGAAGGUACUGGGCAAGAGUUAGCCAACAAGGACAGUGAAACACGUUUCCUACAGAUCGAAUAUGAUGCCAUUAAACAGGAGCUGCAGCACGCCAAUGAGGAGCAACAGAAACUGCGACUGCAGCUAGAUGAUUACAUCAUACAGGAGCGCCAACACGAACUGGACAUCGGUAUCGCUCGUCAACGGGAGCAAAGUCUAGCCAAAGAGCUGCGCACUGUCCGGGAGCACAACGUGGUGAUCGAAUCAGAGCAACGCAUGCUGACACAGGAGUUGUCUACGCUGCGUCAACAAAUGAGCAACCAAAUGGCUUCCGCUGCCACCCGUCUGCAGGAGAAGGAGCAUCAAUUGCAACAGCAGCGGCAACAACUAAGCGAAUCCGGUGUCACAAAUGCCAAGACCGACUAUGAGAAUCGUCUCAAAGCUCUCACACAAUCUCUGGUCGAGCGACAAGGUUUACUAGAACGCGUCACAUCGGAGCGCAAUGCACUGCGACUGCAGCACGAGAAUAUGCAGGCGCAGCUGAAUCAGAAUAUGCAUACGCUGGAAAUGGGACACCAACGUAACAGCUCCAGUUCCCGCAGCACGCUGCUCUCGAACAGCACCGAUGAUGUCAAGGCACAGUUUCCGCUGAUAAUGCAUCCAAGUCCAUUUGAUAACCGGGUCGCCCGUCGUUUCAAGCGCGCUCUGCGCCAGGCAGACUCCGUGGGCAUACGUGUUGGUGCCUUCCUGCGACGUUAUCCGAUGAUGCGCAUAUGUAUGAUUCUAUACGUGGCCUUGCUGCAUCUGUGGGUCAUGUUUGUGCUACUUUCCACAACGCCCAACUGAAGAGUCGAAUACCCAUUGAAUAUUAUUUGAGCAAUUGUAUAUUUUAAACGUUUGCGUAUUGUUAAUUAUGUAUUCUAAUUUUACACAUGUUGUUAAGUCCACUUUUGUGUGACAAAAUUGAUUACACUUGAUUGUGUAUUGUAUAUUGUUUAGAGACAUUGGCUCACAAAAGAAGGGGGAAACAAAUAGUUAUGUAUAAUCUGGGGAAAAACUGUAAAUUCAAUAAACAAUUCAACUAUGUACAAA